AUGACGGUGACACAUAAUGAUAUACAAGAGCGAGAGAUAUUGACAACAUUGAUUGCAGACUGCACUUUCUCACCUUUAUGGACUAGAAAAAGAUUUAUAAUAUGGAUGGAUAAUCAAGCAAACGUGGAAGCAUACUACUCCAGAUUAGAGCAUAUAGCUGGAAAAUCGAAUGUAGAUGCCGACCUACUUUCCCGGAGUAGUCACAAAGAAUUCAUGAUCAAAAAUCCUUUAUCAUAUUACCUCCAACCCAACAUGCCUCUUGA